GUUGUUAGCACUGCUUCUGCUUGUUUUUAAAGUUUACAAGUGGAGUCGGUUGGCGGCCGAAGACAUGUGUUUUCGCGAAUAACUGCUAAAAUUACCAAUUUUUCACGAUGAUUAGUCUCCAAAAUUAGGUUUUUAACGAUUUAAAGAUGUUCAUGACCAACGAGCUUCCUUCUGAAAUUGCCUUUGAGGUACCAUUGAGAGACACGGACAGCGAUGCUCUGGGCAGUUUUAAGGAACAUAAGGAGAAAAGGAAGUUUGGCGCAUUUGGAAAUGACUUGAAGUUUGCCUACAAAUGGCUGCAAGAGGAUGGACAUUUGAUUGGAUAUGAUUCUGCCACAGGCAUCACCUUUGGGGAGUACACUUUUGGAGGAAAUUUGAAGGAGGAUGCAUCUAUUGAGGCUGUUGUUGAAUUUCAAAAUGACAGCACUCUAGCCUGCUGCGCUGUCACAUACAGGAAUAGAAGUUUGUUGUGCUGUGUGGACCUAAGCCUUUCGAAGGUGAUGCACAGCAUCAAAGUCAAGAAACAUCCCCUGACAACCCUGAAUGUGAUCAUGCACGGCUCAGCAUUUUCCAAGUUUACCCAUAAAUUGCACCCUCUUCUGAGGGCCACCAGCGGGUUGGUUGCUGCUGGCCAGAUUGGAGGAAAAGUCCUACUGAUUGACAUGCAGGCAAAUAAUUCCAACUGGUGGAGACAUGAGGAAUUCAACCCUACAAACUUGAACAUGAUCCCAGCCAAGAAGUGUGACGAUCCCACGAUUGUGCAGAAUGCCAACAGUCAUUCGGCCAAAGGAGAGCAUUUGGCUGUUGUACUGGACUCAAAUUUUGAUUCUUCCGUUGAGGUGACAUGCAUGCAGUUCUGCCAGGAGCCGAUGAUUUUGAUCGUUGGAUUCAGCACUGGGCAUUUUGAUAUUUGGUCCCUCACCUCCAUCAGCAAGCUGUAUUCUGGAGAGCCCACUGGCAGCAGAAUUUCACACAUUAUGAGCAUGUUACCAGAAGAUGAUCCUCGCAAAUGGAUUUACGUGUGGGUUGUCGAGGAUGGGACGGCAGGAGACAGUCUUGUUGGAGACCGAAACAUAGUAGCUUCGGCAUACCUGCAUAGUCUUGUGUUCAAAUCUAGUGAUCAAAGUCCAAGUGAUUACGAGGUAUUGGAUAAAGUCAACUGCAUGUUUCGUGUGCUUUUCGACAAAGUUGGAGAUUCUUACGAAGGUGAUGAGUACACAACCAACUGUGUUUCUGUGUCUCCGAUUAGCAUUGAUAUCAACGACCAAUAUUUGUCGACUUUGAACUGCACUGGUCUUUGCUCGUUUGUUUGGACUGAGUAUGAUGUUCGCACAAAAUCACAUCCAAAAUACUUGUCGGCGAUUUUCGACCUCGGCAGGUGGUACGCUGAGGAGAUGCCCAAGCAAGCAUUCAUAUCAGAUUUGGAAACUGCGUCUUCCUCUUACCUUGCUUACUCGCAGCUAGACAUAGGCAGGAGCUACCUCCUAGAAGCCAAAGUUUGCUCCAGAGGCACCAAGAAGAACAUUUGGCAACUGAAUGAAGAAGUAACCAGCUAUGCGGCAUCCACGUCUUUUUCUAUGCUGAUGAUGACAAGUGAAAACAUAGUCAGGGUAGACUUUCCUGGAAUUCAAAGCUACUUGUUCGACAAGGUUGAUGAAAUGAAACCCUGGGAGUUGAUGGAACCUCACAAUUUGUUUACAAAGUGCCUGGUUGCUGGCCUAAUGCCUGAAGGAAUGUACGAUGCAAAGAAAAUUUAUUCAAAGCUGUUGUAUAAGGUGAAAAUGGUUGAGGCCAUAUAUGAAGUUGCCGUCAACCACAACCUCUUAUCAUUUCUGCGGCGUUGUGCCACCGAGUUCUUCGAUGGAAAGUACGAGAGUGCAGAUCUUUCAACUCAGCACCUUAUUGAAUGGGCAUGGAACAAGGCCAAGGACGUCAAAGUGAAAUCUGAUGAUUUGGUAACUUUGCUCUACUCUGGCCAAGAGUUAACACAGAGUGACAAAAACAGCCACAACCAGUAUGUGAAUGAUCUGCAGACCAUCACAAAACUUUUCACUCACGUCAAGAGGGAGAACCUUUUGCAUUCACCAGAGGCAAUGGAAGGAUUAUCUCUACGCAUCAAAGGACUCAACUUGGUCAACGAAUAUUUGAAUUGCGUCCAAUAUUUCUGCACCUGUCGCCUAUUGCCAGAUUCUGCUGAAAGUGGUCUGAGAAGGCUUGAUCUUCUUAAGAACGAAUACAAUUUGAGGCGGCUCAAAGAUGGUGAGCAUCUGGUUGAUCUGUUGGUGGAAAGAUUUGGAGAUGAACUAAAAGACCUUUGGACCUCCCUUGGUGGAGAUGGGAAAUACCCCCCACCUUCUAUGCACUCCAUACUUUCUGUUCUCUUGCUUGAUGAGCCUCACAUCAGGGACAAGCAUUGCCUCAUGCUCUAUUUCUUAUUUGACAUCACAAAGGCCUCAAGAAUGAAUGAAUCACUCGCAGUAGGCUACAAGGAAAUGAUCUCUUCUUCAGACUGCUCAGAGCAAAUAGUGACCUCGCAAUUCCUGUGGGCAAUUGAUCAUGGAAAUCUCAAUGAUGCUCUAAAAUGUCUUGGAUCGGAAAAAUUGGAUUCGUCGUGGAAUGAAACAGUUUUCGCUCACUUGCAAUCUAAGUGCAGUGCCAAGGAAAUCUAUAAUGUUUACCGAAGCAUUGGCUUCGAAACAGACACCAUGGACAAGAAGAAAUUUGUCACCUCUCUCUUCCUGGAAAAUAACUUGGUGAUUCCAUGUUUUAAAUGGAUUCGUGCCACCAAUGCGGGCGUAUUUGACCCUGAAUGCUAUGCUUUCUUUUUGAAAAGGACACAUCAAGUUGGAGCUCUUGAGAAACUUGUAGCAAAGGAACUCUUACUGAAUCCACAAGAGUUUUCGAUGCUCAGAUAUUACUUGCAAAAACAUAAACUUCAUAAUUUGAUGGCCCAACUUGAGGAAAAGAUUGGAAAAGCAAACUUCGUCCCUUUCCCAGUUGUCAGCAGUAGAAUUUACAAUGACGAGAUAAUGGAUUACAGACAGCCAGAAAUAUUUAUCAGGGAGAGGUGCCAGCCUAUCAAAUCUGACGAGGUUCAGGAGUUUCUCAAAAGCAGCUUUAAAAUCACAAAAUACACCAGCAGUACUCCAACUCAUGCUCAUGUUCUGCAUCAUGUUGCAGGACCAUCAAUAUUGAAGAACUCUGAUUCUCCUGCUGGAAGCCCUCUGCACUUAUCUAGUGUUGUUUCACCCUCUCCCAAGAGACUAAGAUUCCAACUUCCAAAACCAAUUUCAACAUCGAAUCAAGGCGAGUUAUCGGCAAGUAGUACAGAGAGCUCUCCUGUCACUGAGGAUGUUGUGCAAUUUGAGUUCCAGUCGCCUCGAGCUUCAACUCCGAAGUCAACACAUGGAGCUGCAUCAGAAGAGCCAGAACAAGAAUUUGAACGCAAUGAAGUAUUUGAGUUUUCGAAUCCCAGUCCUGUUAUCUACCACCUUUUGGAAAGAACAAACGAGGCAGAGAUCCUUGGUUCUCCUAUUUCAAAGUCUUCGUCGUCCAUAUGUGGCAACGUUUCAUAUAAUGUGAAUGAUUUUGCUGUUGAACUGGAUCCUAAUGAUGCGUCCACUCCAAGGGAAGAAGAGGAGGAAAUUCUUACUGUCGAAACAACUGAAAAGCCCACACCAAAGUUUGGUGCUGUUCUGCUCGAAGAUUCUGUGGACAGUCUGUUUGAAGAGGCUCAUAGUAGUGUCACCAGUGCAUAUGCAACUGAGACUGAGACUUGCACUCCUUUGAUUCAGAGGAUUGCACCUUUUGUUGGCACUACCCAGAAAAGGCAUAAUCUGAACAACAUUGCUACAAACAUAGUCACCAGUACAUAUGUAACUGAGACUGAGACUUGCACUCCUUUGAUUCAGAGGAUUGCACCUUUUGUUGGCACUACCCAGAAAAGGCAUAAUCUGAACAACAUUGCUACAAACAUAUUAGCUGAACCUAUGAAUACAAUGGAAAUUUCUGAAGACGAAGAUGACAAGCCGUUAGAAUGCCAAAUCGAUGAUGACAUAAAGACGUCACCCAUUUCUCCAUUGAACACAUCCAACGACUCUUUUUACUCUGUCAGUGCCGGUCCCCAGUCUCCAAACUCAACCGUUUUGAGUUUCACUUCUUGUCUGGACGAAACAAUAACUGUUGACGAGGAAGAAGGAGAAUACUGCCCCAUCACCAAAAGGAGGCAAUCAACAAUUGGUGAGCGAUCUCUAGUUAUGCCCAGGGAAGUAGAUGAUCUCAACGAGGAAGACCUUUCUCCGAGCAAGUUCUGGCAACCACCUCCUUUGCCACCAAUACCCAAGGCUGAACCGUCCACUAGCAGCUGCGUUGACUUAAGUUCCUUGCCAAAACCCCCACAACGACCGAGCCCUCGCAGACCUUUAAGAAGUUAUUUGAAGCUGGCCGACGAAGGGUCCAAUAUUUCUGGCAUUGAAACUCUCUUGCCUACAACUCCUGAAAAGUCAAUUGAUGCUGGAGCUGCUAAAGUUAGCUUGUCAGCCAUGGAAGUGAAAGAAAGCCCUGAUCAAAUUACUCCAGAGCAAGAAAAAGAGGAUGAUAAGUCAGUUAUGAAGGACGAAAUUGAGGAUCCUGGACCAGGAGAAACUUCAGAACUCACAGAUUUUACUGAAAUUUCGGCACCAGCUGAUAAGCUUGUUGAUUCUGUAUUUUUCCGCACCAUUGAUACUACAUUUGAGAGUGAAAUGAGGGAAUGGGAAUCUGAGCACGAGGCAAAGACAACUGCAAGAAAAAUAUCAACUGUUGAGUUUGACGAGGACGAUUCAGAGGAUGAUGUUACUCUAGACAAGACUGUGAUUUUAUCUUCUGGCGGUAGUGGUGAUUCACCCUUGAAGAGAGGCAGAAUGAGUGUUUCUCCUAAAAAGAGAAUAAGGGAAGAUACAUCUGUCAAAAUUAAGUGUGAAGAAACCACUACUAUAUCUGUGAUAGAGAGUGCCUAUUCUACUACCACUACUACUGAAGUGGUCUCAAAAAGUGAUAUAAACAUAGAGAUUGCAGUAAAAGAACAUCAAGUUUUACCCACUAAAAGUGACGAAUCUUUGCCUUCAAAUGAUGUCAAUAUUGAAAAUCAGUCUCCACUUGUACCAAAAGUAGAAGAAUUUAGUAAUCCAGAGCUAGAAGAAGUAAAUUACAAUUCCGAGCCAAUAGAGGUUGCUGAGGAGGGAGUUAUUGAGAUGAACAUACUAGAGACUGAAACUUCAGAAGCAGUCCAAGAAAAUCAAGAAGAAGACAUAAUACCCCAUGAUAAAGAAAGUGAGCCUAUUAUUACUGAGCCAGAUGAAGCUAUUGACGAACCACUUCAAGAAGGUCAAGUGGAGGAAGUGCAUGAACCUGAAAAAGAGUCUCCUUCCACGCCUAGCCCUGAGAUAGUUGAGGCUGAGACACUGGCUGUUCCCAUGGUAGUCCAGGAAGAGCCACCUGCUGUCCAUGAAGAAAUUCAAGGAGAACCACCUGUCGUUCAUGAAGAAAUUCAGGAAGAACCACCUGCCGUUCUUGAAAUAACCCAGGAAGAGCCAGUUGCUGUUCUUGAAGUAACUCCGGCAGAACCACCUGCCAUUCAAGGAGAACCACCUGUCAUUAAUGAAGAAAUUCGGGAAGAACCGCCUGUCAUUCAGGAAGAACCACCUGAUGUUUUUGAAGUAAUUCAGGAAGAACUAACAACCACAAUCGAAGAAGUUCAGAAAGAGCCACCUGCUGCUCCAGAAGUCUCAGAACCUCCUAAGAGAGAAUUGCGUCGUCGUCAUAACAACCCUUCAUAUUUGGAAGUUCCUGAAGCUCCGAAGAGGAAGAGAACUCCGUCUCCUAUGACUUCCUCAAUAGAAGAGGCAAAGACUCCUGAAAAACCUGAGCCAGCAAAGAAGGCUAAGACCAAACCAACUCCGCGAAGUAAACUUUUGGGUGAAAAGAUUGAAGAGCAGCUAAACAAGUUUGUUGCCACUUCAGAGCAGUCAAAGUCCAAAGUUGUCAGAAAAGCUCAACCAAUUGAAGAAAAACCGGAGAAGCCCCAAAAGGCUGCAACAACUAAUAAAGGAGUGCAUGACAAGCCUCCAGCAGAAGCAAAGCCACCAGUUCAUAGGAAGCAAAAAACAGCCGUGGCUAAAGCUGCUGAAAAACCAGGUCCUAAAUCUGAAAAACUGAGGCGCAUAGCUGUUGCUGGAAGUAAACAGUCUGAAACAGAAGUGAGAAAGGUUGAUUCAAAAUCAAUAAAGGUAGAACCGAGAGAAGUUAUAACAAAGCAUCAGAAAACUGCUAAAGAAGUCGAGGAAACACCUCUCUCCGUGCUUGCUGCAAAGCCAAAAGCUGCCACCAAGAAGACUCAGCCUUCACCAUCUAAAGAGUCAAAAACCAAAGCUGCUAAGGCAAAACUGAAGCAGCCAUCACAAGAAAGUGAGCUGCAAUCUUCUCAAGAAUCUACCAGUUCAAGAAGACCAGUCAGACUCCGCAAGAUUGAAUCUUCAGAGACCUCCUCUCAGGAAUCGCAGAGUCCUACCCGUCAUGGUCGAGGAAGACCUCGCAAGCUAGCCACUGUCACACCUGGACCCAGUGGAGACAUGCCUGCGAUCGAAGAAACGCCAUUGGCUGCAAGGAACCUUCGCCAUCGCUCAAAGUCUGCUGUGAUUGACACGGUACCUGCUACUACCAGACAAUUGCGCACCAGAAGUAGCUCAGUUGUGUCUGACAAGUCAACUUCCAGUCAGGCGUCUACUCAAAGUCGAAAGAGGAAGGUUGAUUCUGAUUCGGACGGAGAGUCUACUACCUCUGAAGCAAGCUUGAGGAGGAGUGGACGAAAUAGGAAGGCUGCUGAGAAGAAACGUGGAAGAAAAGUCUCUAUGAUACCAGAAUAGAAUUUUUUAAAGUAUAGAUCAGUAUGGAUGAAGAUAUUGUUUCCUUGGAUUUUCUAAAAUGUGGAUUUCAUAUUUUCAAGUUAUGAUGCGUACAAUGAGUAAUAAAUUUGUUUUAAAAGACGAGAAUUGUGGAGGAUGAGUAAAUAUUGUCAUAAUAUAUGUAAUUUUAAUUUCCUAUUGAAGAAAAGAAAGGUUGCUUUAAUUUAUAAGAAUUCAAAAUAAAUUUAUAAAUUGUAAUUGAAUAAUCUCCCAUAAUAAAAAGGUUUUAAAUUUAGAAAAAUAAAUAUU